AUGAGCAAUGGAGACUGGAUGUGUGGUGCAUGCCAACAUAUAAAUUUCAAGAAACGUGAUGCAUGUCAAAGAUGCCAGUGUCCCAAAUUUGCUACACCUGCAGAAAUGUCGAAUUAUGGCAUUGAUAGAACAGAAGUUUUAGCAGGCGAUUGGUAUUGUUCAACGUUUAAUUGCGGUUCACACAAUUAUGCUAGUAGAACUGCUAUUACACUCACGAUUCUAGUGCCCUUCCAGGUUGGAAAAGUGGCGAUUGGAUUUGCAAUAGGCUAGGCUGUGGAGUUCACAAUUAUGCAAGUAGAAUGGAAUGCUACAAAUGUAAAACACCAAGGGAAUAAGGAUGCAAGUGAGUUCAUCCAAGAGAGGUUUAUGAAGUUGUGACAACAAUUAACUAUAUGUACUCCAUUGACUCUUAUUCUUUAAUUGUAUCUAUCGGGAG